AUGAAAGAUCUGGCUGAAGAUGUUUCUCUUAACCUGAGACCUGAAAAGAAAAAGGUAAGCAAGUCCAGACCAGGGAAAGCUUUGUACCAAGAAUCCAGGAUAGCUUGUGCAAAGGGUCUCAGAAGGAAACAACUGAUCACAGCUUCAGGAUUCAAUGACAAUUACCAUGAACAGUCGGACAAAUGUACAAACGACCUCGUUCAUAGUGGAGAAGCUAAGAGUAGCCUGGACUGUCGAGGAAAGGUUUCCAAACUCCAAGAGUCAGAAUCCGAACUAGACAGCAACCAGAAUUUGCUUCCAGGCUGCGAAAGUAGACAAAUUAGAAAGAAGAUGAAGCAAGAGUUUGGGCUGUCAAUGAUGGUUGCAGCUAAAAGAGACAGAGAAAAGUGCCCUUGCUCCCCCGAGGGCCCCUUUUGUGCUGUUCCUGCCAACGCAGCAGCCCUCCUGCUAUAUAGACGGCCACGCUGCGCUGCGGACACACACAGCUCAACCUCACAGCCGCCUCCACCAGCCAUGGGCAAGAUCACCUUCUACGAGGACCGCGGCUUCCAGGGCCGCCACUACGAGUGCAGCAGCGACCACUCCAACCUGCAGCCCUACUUCAGCCGCUGCAACUCGGUGCGCGUGGACAGCGGCUGCUGGAUGCUCUAUGAGCAGCCCAACUACCAGGGCUGCCAGUACUUCCUGCGGCGGGGCGACUACCCCGACUACCAGCAGUGGAUGGGCCUCAGCGACUCCAUCCGCUCCUGCCGCCUCAUCCCCUACGCCAGCUCCCACAGGAUCCGCAUCUACGAGCGGGAGGACCACCGAGGCCAGAUGGUAGAGAUCACGGAGGACUGCUCCUCUCUCCAGGACCGCUUCCACUUCGGUGACUUCCACUCCUUCCACGUGCUGGAGGGCUACUGGAUCCUCUACGAGAUGCCCAACUACCGGGGCCGCCAGUACCUGCUGCGGCCCGGGGAGUACCGGCGCUACCACGACUGGGGCGCCAUGAAUGCCAGGGUGGGCUCUCUGCGCAGGGUCAUGGAUUUCUAUUGAAGCUCCUCCCCCUACCGUCUUCUCCGUCUGGCAGCUAAUAAAAUAUGCCCUGUGUGUUUCAUGCA